AUGGAUAUCCUCAAGCUCCUCUCAAGAUCAACAAACCCCACGAACAAGGCUUCAUCUGCCAGUAACACCACCAAGCUUCCAUCAUCCGGUGUCUCCGCAAACCCCCAAUUAUUCCAUGAUGCGACAUCAGAGACGAGAGGAAAGAAGAGGAAGCGGGGUGAUAGAAAAGCUGGAGCGCAAGUAGGACAAAACGAGGAGGACGAUGGAGAUGUAAUUGAUUUUUUCUCAACUAAAUCCGCGAAUCCUAUAGUCCCGACAACGAAGAAAUCUAAGGCGGAUGCCCCAUCGAAAAGCGCAUCAGUUGAGAGCCCUGCGCCGAAACCAACGAAGCUAUUAGAUGAGGGAGAAUGUAAGCAAAUACUGCGGUCGCAUCGUUUGAAAGUUACACUUCUUCCAUCAAAUGACCCAAUUAUUGAGAAAAAGGUCAAAAAGUCGAAGAAGAAUAAAGUCAGCAAGAAAGAUGUCAAGAAACCAGAAUUUACACAAAUAUACCCACAACCAUUGACAACAUUCAGCGACCUCAGAAGUAAAUAUGGCAUAUCAGGGCGAAUGGCUGACAACUUGGCGCAACAAGGAUAUAAAAUACCAACCGAAGUACAAAUGGGGGGCUUACCUCUGUUACUACAGCCCAAGGUAGCUCUUUCGGAAGGAAGUGAUUUGGGAAUAUUUGACACCUCCGAGAAUAUCAAUUUGUUAUCUGUGGCACCAACUGGAAGCGGAAAGACUUUGGCAUUUUUGAUACCAGUUGUCAACGAAGUUGUGCAAAGGAGGAGGAAAUCAGAAGAAAAGGGCGGGCAUUGUCUAGAUGCCAUAAUUGUGGCGCCUACGAAAGAACUAGCCAGUCAGAUUGUCAAUGAAGCCAAGAAGUUGAGUUUAGGAACCGGAAUCAAAGUUGUAGGAAUGAAGAAGGGGAUGAAAAUUGUUGAGAGUGAACAUUCGGAAGAUACAGACAGCUCGAGUGAGAGCGAGGAGGAAGAUGAGGAUGAAAAUGGUAAGACUGGAAAGAAGACUUCUGCACAGCCUGUCGCAAAAGCAGAUAUUCUGGUUACAACUCCUGGACUUUUGCUUUCGGCUGUCACUGUUGGAAGCGAGCAUACACCAUUACCUACCGUCAAAACUCUAGUUCUUGAUGAAGCAGAUGUUCUUUUGGAUCCCUUAUUCCGAGAACAAACACUCGGAAUAUGGGACUCUUGCGUGAACCCGGAUCUACGAGUAACUCUCUGGUCCGCAACCAUGGGUUCCAAUAUCGAAUCCCUCGCCUCAUCCACAAUUCAAGCCCGCCAACAGCGUCUCCAACUCCCCACCUCAGCUCGAACAAUCCGUCUCGUGGUAGGCCUCAAAGACUCAGCAAUUCCAAACAUCACGCACAAACUCAUCUACGCCGCAACAGAGCCCGGCAAACUCCUCGCCCUCCGCCAACUCCUUCAUCCAACCGCCCGCUCAACAUCCAACAUCCCCUCUCUCCGGCCACCCUUUUUGGUCUUCACACAAACCAUUCCUCGGGCAAUAGCCCUCCAUUCCGAACUCCUGUACGACAUCCCCGCCGAAGCAGGCGGCUCCUCUCGUAUCGCAGUCCUGCACUCCUCACUCUCCGAUUCAGUGCGUGACAGUGUAAUGACCCGUUUCCGCAACGGGGAGGUGUGGAUCCUGAUCACGACGGAUAUCCUCUCCCGCGGUGUCGACUUCCGGGGUAUCAACGGGGUGGUAAACUACGACGUUCCAAACUCAGGAGCUGCGUACAUCCAUCGUGUUGGUCGUACCGGUAGAGCUGGGAGGGAUGGAGGCGUGGCUGUGACGUUCUACACGAAAGAGGAUAUUCCCUAUGUCAAGGCAAUCGCGAAUAUCAUCUCAGCUAGUGAGAAGCAGGCAGGCUUGGAGCCAUCAGAAGCGAGUGUACAAAAGUGGUUCUUGGACGCGCUACCCACGCCAACCAAGGAGGAGAAAAAGAGGUUGAAGAAACAUGGCGUUGAAGCGAGACGGGCCGGGCUAGAGAAGGACGAGAAGGAUGGGAAAGGCAAGAAGAAGAUGCUUAUUAGCACCAAGAGUGGGUAUGAGAGGCGCUUGGAGCAUAACCGUAAAGGCGCUAUUCAAGGGAGCAAGAGACGAGUCCUGGCCCAGGCUGAGGAGAGAGUCGAUAAAGGAGAGGAGAGUGAGUGGGGUGGCAUCGAUGGGUAAGGUUAUCGAAUGGGAUGUAUGGAUGUGAAGUCGUUUGUAGAUAUAAAGUACGUAUUUUACAAACUUCACAGAUUCUAGCUUGCGGAAUUCUAAG